GUGUAUAAAAAUGAACACACAUACAUACGUAUGUGUACAAACUCACAGACAAUAACAAAAAUCAGCUGAUUGCAAUUCGAAUCAGACGCAAAUGGCUGCUAUCAAAAAUUUGUUUAAAAUUCAUAAUUUAACUGUGCAAUUGAUUUUAAAGCGCAAUGUGCACUAUACACAAGGACAAGCGCCCAACAAAGUACGCGAAUACUUUUAUUACAUUGACCACGAGGGAAUGCUGUUUUUGGAUGACGCCAAGAUGAAAAACUUUACAUCCUGCUUUAAGGAGAAGAAAUUUCUUAAGUUCUUUUUUAGUCGCGUGCGUCGAAAUGAAACCAAUCGUUAUCCAAUGUUUGCCUACAUCUCGCCUUGUGGUCGCGAGCACAACUUUGUGCGCUGUGACGAUACACCCAUUGUGUUUACUCAACUACAUGAUAGCAAUUCCUUAGGCUAUGCUCAUGGAGGUCCCGAUAUGACCGUACCCUUCUUGCCACAAAAACUUUAUAUGCAUCCACAGAGCGGUCGUGUAUAUCAUCCAGCUUGGGACAAAGUGGGCGGUAUUGGUCUGGUGCGCUCCAAAUUGGCCAUAGAACUGAGCCAGCACUUUGAAUUUACAAAAGACGACAAUGCGCCAACGCAUAUUCAUUGGCACGGCGAACAUAUACAGCUGGAAAAUGAUUGGGUCAGUGUCAAAUAACUGAUGCUCACAAUCACGAGUUAAAUAUUUAAUAGAAGUCAUAACAAUUCUUUGUAUAUAGGGUUUG